AGCGGGAACCGGAAUUGCGAUAGACGAUCAAUCACUUCUAGUUAGUCAAUCCUGGUGCGUUAGAGCGAGCACUCUCUCUCUGUUGUUGGCGAUCCUUUUUAGCCUUGUCCUUGACGCUGCCGCCAACAACGCAACGAGCGUUUAGUUACCAAAAACGGAAUUUAUAUUGGAUUCAAAAAUAAAACAUAAUUUAGGUCAUCAGGAGAUUGCCCGCUACCAGACAACACAACAUGAACGUUUAUGGGCUGCUCGUAUCGCUGCUGAUUGCGAUUUGCACCUUAGGCGCGGGCACAACCGUACGCGCCUGGCCCGUCACCAGUCCCGAGCUGCUGGACAGCCUUAUCUUUGCCGAUCCGGAAGAGGCGAGCGCAACGAUGCGGGAAGUACCUCAAUGGCACUGUCUGCGUUACUUCAAGCAUGACAUACACCUUAUGCGCCGUUGCCGCAACUACCGGCUACACAUGCUGCGCCGCCCGAACGAUAUGAUGUAAAGCAGGCAGGGAGGGCAACAAGAUGGACCCGCAGGAGCAGGUCUUCCUGUAUUAGCCUGUCAAUGCCACAGUUUUUCCGUUAACCGUUUUUCUCCCGAAUGAUUUGACGCGGUGCGCGAUUGCGGUCAAGAGGUUCAAAAUUAGUUUGGUCGCUUGUCUUCAUCGAGCACGAAGGGGACAUUGUUCGCUUAGCAGACCACGUGCUUUAAGAAGCACGUUAUACGUAACAUAUUCACUCCGGCUCCGGAAACACCGCAGGGGGGCAUCGAUGGCAUCCAUUUGAGUUUCCACACACGUUUUCUAUGCGUCCCCCUUUGAUACGACCGCUUCGUAGAUUGAUAGGAACUAAAGCACGAGACUCGGCAGAUAUCGACGAAUCUCACAGGACUAGCCACAGGACAAGCCAGCGCGUGAUGACUUAUUUUAUCAAAAAUUGUACAACGCAAGGACUGCACCAUUCGUAGCCUCUUAAUCGUGUUAAACUAAAUAA